AUGUCCCUCCGGGGGGGACAUCCGGGAGCCACCGGGGACUCCCGGUGCCACGGGGGGGACCCGGCGGUGUCGGUGACGUCGCUGUCGCCGCUGUCCCCCCGCCCCCGGUGCCCUUUGGCCCCGCUGGCGCCGGAGCCGCGGUCGCGCUGUGCGGAGCCGCACGUACGGCCUGGCAGGGGGCCCGUGUCACCUCCCGGGUCCCCCGUGUCACCUCCCGUGUCCCCCGUGUCCCCCCGCGCGGGGGUUCCCGGGGCCGCCCCCGGGGCCGCGGUGGCGCUGGGGACGGGGACAGUGACGGCGACAGUGACGCUGUCCCAUUGGCUGUGCGCGGCGCUGCUGCUGCUGCUGUUGGGGGUCCCGGGGCGCCCCCAGCCCCCCCCCGAGACCCCCCCCUCGCUCUGCGACCCCCGAGUGAUCGAACGGUUCAUCCUGGAGGCGCGGGAGGCCGAGCGGGGGGCGGCCGGGUGUGGCCCCCCCUGUGACCUCCCCGAGCCCGUGGCUGUCCCCGACCCCGGAGUCAACUUCAACUUCUGGCGGAGCCUGGACGCGCGGUCCCGGGCGCGGGAGGUGGCGGCGGGUCAGGCGGCGCUGGCGGCCGCGGUGCUGCGGGCGCGGGAGCAGCUCCGGGACCCGCGGGUGCGCCCGAGCCUGGACCGAGCGCACGGAGCGGCGCGGAGCCUGGCGCGGCUGCUGCGGGGGCUGGCGGCGCCGGCCCCGCCCACGCCCCUCCCCCCUCCCGGCCCGGUGCGGGUCCGGAACGUUCCGCGGCUUUUGGGGGUCCUGAGCCGCUUCCUGCGGGGGAAGGUGCGGCUGUUCCUGACUGACAGCUGUCAAUCAAUCAAUCAUCGCUGACAGCUGCCAAUCAUCCGGCAAAUAUCACCGCUGACAGCUGUCAAUCAACCAUCCGGCUGUUCCUGACUGACAGCUGUCCAUCAAUCAAUCACCGCUGACAGCUGUCAAUCAAUCAUUCACCGCUGACAGCUGUCAAUCACCGCUGACAGCUGUCAAUCAUCAAUCAAUCAUCACCGCUGACAGCUGCCAAUCAAUCAUCCGGCUGUUCCUGACUGACAGCUGUCAAUCAAUCAAAUAUCACCGCUGACAGCAGUCAAUCAAUCAUCAACCGGCUGUUCCUGACUGACAGCUGUCCAUCAAUCAAUCACCGCUGACAGCUGUCAAUCAUCCACCAAAUACCAGCACAGAAAGCUGUCAG